AUGCAUAAAGAGGUUUGGAAAAGUGUUAAGGUUAGUGAAAUAACCAAGCAGCAAUUAGUUUCCUGAGUUUAUUUAACUCGUUCAGGCGCGCAGGGUCAAAAGGAACUAUGUAAAGCUCGACUUCAAAGAGUAAUCGUAUCGUCAGUCUUUGAAGCCUUUUGUAAAUUCGUGACUUAUUUCAACCCCACUUGAUGUGAUUUUUUGAUUUAGCUCUAUUCUUGUCCGAUUUAUACCACCCACUUGAGUGAGUAUGCCUGGUUUUCACCCAUUGUUUCUUGCUCUAUCACAUGCGUUGGGAUAAUAUUCAUUUGUUUAUAAGACCAUUUAAACAUCAUAAGCUGGGAUCACGAAGAGAAAAUAGAUAAAUUAACCAAUGCGACCACAAAUGUCCUGAGACAUUUCGGGGACAUAGUACGACAAAUCAGUUUGCACAUCAUUGGAUAUUCAGCGCCAAUACACACGUUUAACUGCCUUUCUUUUAGGAAUUCCUAUCAAGCCCUUGCCAUUUGAACGGGUAUGAAUUCAAUCUGUCGACCACUGAAGUCUUCCUCCACUCAUGCGUGGAUUCUCAACUGGCCACAUCUACCUUCAAGAGGUCUAUCAAGAAACCAGAGGUUAGCAGACUUGCGCCUAAACAACCGUUGUUCACCUUACAUUUUUUACAAACAAUGGAAGAGGCUAGUACAAGAAAUCCAACGGUUAGCGUAAGAGCAAGGAAGACUGAACUUGGCCUUGAGAAAAAACGUUUUCAGUAGAUGAUAGGAAAAUUGGCGCGACUUAUUCGAAAAACGUAUGCUGCAAGUGAGCUCGGGAAAAUAUAAAUGAAAACCAUUUUGUAACCGUGUGUGCUGCGCUACCGUAGUAGUCAAUCUUGUGACUGUUUCGUUGCUGGUAUAAAAACUCACUCGUGUGCAUCGUCGUUCCUUAUUUCCACAGCCGAUCCUAAUAAAUGGGCAUAUCAACUCGACUGCACUACAUUGUCCUUUACCAGAAAAAAAAACGUGUUCUGGCAGGUGGACGUUCGCCGAUCGUGCUAGGGGACACACUCGUCGCGUAGCGCCUUUGGGCUUAAACGUGAAAGCGGCGGUGCUCACCCUUUAUCCAGAGAUGAGGGCUGUCCUUUCCGUUUUAUGUUUGGCCGUCAUGUUAGUUAACAUCAAAUGGGCAUUUCUGGCAAUCGGGAUGGGUGAAACCACUGUGCGGACAGAGGAUUGUGUAUGCAUUAGCAGCAGUUCGUACGCAAGUGACGGUCAGCUUCAGAUGGCUAGAUGAAAGCACCAUACGGGGCGGAGACAUGGACCUCCCAUGUCAACCAUGCCAAAAAAAUGAAUCACUACCACCUAAACUGUCUCCGAACAAUAAGGCAGAUAAGAUGACAGGACAGGAUCCCGGGCACAGAAGACCGGCAACGGACAUGGGACCGGAAUCAACGGCAUUCAUGCUAUACUGAGACGACUGAAACUGCGUUGGGGCGGCCACCUCACGAGGAUGGACGACGAGCGCCUGCUCGAGCGACUCAUCUACAGCGCGGUCGCUAUAGGUGCUCGUUGACGGAAGUAAAUGGGCCUUCUCAGGACAGAGAGUCAGGCUGCAAUGGUUCGCCUCCUAUGUGACCUCCAAUGAAACUCAAGUGCAGAUGGGAUUCUGGCAACCCCUUUCUUAUUUUUGUGAGAACCCGGUCUACCACGCGCGGACCGGGCGUGUGUGGCACAUGUAGACGGAUGAUUAGUCGGCAAUAUGUGGUUAUGUAGCCCCGCCUGAUGGACAAAAUACUGCUGGGGCUGGGGUUAGGGUUAUGGUUAGGGGCUAGGGUUAGGGCUAAGGGUUUGGGUAAGGGGUUAGAAUUAGGAGUUAGUGCACCUAUUUCCCGACCACUCAAAGCACAACCGCGCAUUCCUAACAGCUUUUCUUUUGCACACAACUACUUGACCUCGUCGCCUGUGCGUUCCCCGGCCCCAACUGUAAAAACCCAAUUACCACCGGUACCGUAUUACAGGUGGAUGGGAUUUGUUUACUUCAGGUGGGACUGCAUAACCACAUUUGACCCAUUUAGCCCUGCCAGUCACUGCACCCGAUCUCGCCUCUGAUCGUCUUAAGUUGUUCUCGCUGCCGGGCUCAGAAGGGUGGGAAAGCAGAUGCUGCACACGUGGGACACGGUGGCUAUGUCAUCAUAUGCCGGCUGACGAAGUUCUGCAGCAGCAGCAGCAGUGAGGAGGAAUGACGCUAGCUUCCAGAUUGCGGCUCAUUCGAUGCGACCCGGCUGGACCUACAGGUUUGACAAGGCCGAAAUCCUCGCAAGAGGUGACAACUGCGUGAACCGCAAACUACCCAAGUCAUGGUUCUCGAACCCGCAUUCGAUUAAUAAGCUCAAUGACCUUCCACUACCCUAUUAUGUGUUACGGUUUUGCCUGGGAAAAACAGUCAGCCACGUGGCGAGUCCGCGAGUGACCAACAAUUCCGGUGAAUGCAGGCUAAAAUUACCGAGUAACUGUCAUGCCACGAAUCAGCGUCGGUAGUGAAAUGACGGCCACUAACGACUCGGGCACGGACCAACAAGCAAUCUUCGCAUCAAAUAAGAACCCCAGCGAUGAACCUGAAUGCUGACAAUUAUUGUGGCAUGGGGUCGCCGGUCGACUGUGUCCUAUAAAUACUGCGCUCCCUAUGCCUCGAAUACCCUUUUCUGCUCCUGUCUCUGGCGCUGCGCUCGAGAGAGGAUCCGAAACGAUAGGCCACUAAACUACUUGUUCCAACGGUCGCAUCUUCUUUUGAAUAGAGAAGACAACAAGUAUGUGAGGAUUGUAUUCUUCUAUAUCAAAACUCAGUCAACUCCACAACUAGCCCCUCUACCUGGGAAGUGGACGUAACCAGUUUCAAACUAGACUUAUUAUACGUUUCUCGUAAUUCCAUACUAGUCACACAGUGACUGCGCUCCUCGGCAUGAAGGUUGGCUCUAUGAAGUCAGGAGGAAAAUAGUCAUUCCAUUCUGGAGCACUGUAACCUCAGACCUGCUGCACGGUGCGCGUAUAUCAAGUCGAAAUUACAGGAAAUGCCCCCAUUAUAAGAAACAGGGUUCUGGUGAAAGCAGUCGGCUCGAAAAAAAAACUCAUUAACUGUGAAUCUCAUCUUGAAUAGAACCCUAAAGCAGAGAAUCGAACAGCUUUCGACAACUUUGGCGUGGGUGUAAGACGCCAGACACAUUUCAGCCAUAAGGACCUUAGAAGCAGAUUCUUGUAUCCCAAAAUUAAGUGCGUAAUAAAAACAGACUCACACAGGUCUGUCCGAAAGAACCAAAAAGGUUAUUCACUUAUGCUCGUAAAUAGAGGAAAAGGCCUGAACAUAUAAUUCGAAAAGGAGAUAUCAGCCGCACCGAGACCAAUAUGGGAAAGACUACUUGUCUGUUUGAGCGUUCUCUUUAGGACUUCACGUAGGCGCUCCAGAAAUUAAUUUAUGGAAUAAACACCCAAAGAAUGUGUUCAAUAUCUCGAAUCGUACACUUUGUACAAAAAGCCUGAGCCUCUUUUAGUAUACUUUAAUCAUAGAUUACAGUUAUGCUUGCUCCACAGACUGCAACAUCAUUUGCUUAUCAUUUUGUUCAUCUACAAAUACAAAAGCAUAAAAAUUGAAAACCCCAAAAGACAACAUAAUUAGCUGCAGACCUACGGGCCUUUCGCAAUCCAAGUCGAUGAUUAUUCAGAUAACCUGGCUCGGAACUACCUUAGGCGCAAAAACGUGUCGUCGCUAGACAAACGACGAGGGACAAGUCUGCCUGACAUAGCAUUGUUAAUAUUCUGGGGAUUAUCCAAAAUCUAUAAUUCCACCGUUCUCUGUUGGCCGGUUAUCGCCAUAAGGACCGACAAUACCUUCAGUCUAGCCAAAUGGGUGGCCAGAAAACGGAACUCCCAUUGAGGGGAGGGAGCCUAGGAUCUCCAAUAACUUCGUACUUCCUCGCCGACCUCCAAAAGGAAAAUUAUUAAACCCAACCAAACUGUGGUGCCGUUCGAUGUGAUUUCACUCUUCGCACAAAUUCCACCUACGUUUGCAUUCGGAGUCGUGCACUGACGGCUUGAAGAGAAGUACGAUGGAGCACGAAAUCCGUAAACAUCGAACAUCUAACUUACUUUUUGUGUUCUGUCCGCCAGCGUUUUCCAUUUUCGGUGACAGACGGGCUAGCGGUUCAAGGAAGCGCUGUUGAAUUCUACGGUCUUCAGCUUAGUUGCCACAAAAUUGCUACAAUAACUGGAAAGGGUCGCCCUCAACCACUGCAGAUGACAUUUCCAUUAUGGUAGGUGUGAACAGGCCAGCAGGCCUUCGGAAAUUGCUUAACAACAUAUCCCCUAACAUCCAGUUCACAAGGAGAAAGAAGUAGAUCAAGUGUCCCUCACUGACCUCGCCAUACGCAUUCGUAAUGGCGAACUCUGAAAGGUGGUACACUUAAAAGUGACCAAAACAAUCCAUAUUCGCAGUUAUAACAGCAACUACUCGGUGGCGCACAGGCACAGAUGAGUUGGAACGCACUCUCUUUCAAAGGGUAAACGCAUAAUGAGAUAGCCAACGCAACGGACCCAUGAACUCUGGUAACCACAGGACCAGUUCUCAGGGAAUGACUUUCCAUGGAACCCUAUGAACUGCUGUCUCCGCACAUACGCACAGAGAACAAGCAUGCUGAAACCACCAACAUUUUGCAAUUUUACCGUGUCUAACGCUUGCAUCGGAUGCGAUAGGACUCAUAGCCAAAGAUUUUUGUGUGGGUAAUUCCCAUCUUCCGGCGGUUACCGCGCGUGACAGAGUUGUAUGAAUGAAAGACAAAGUGGGUGCAAGUGAGCAGACUGCACAAUACAGCCGGGCCUGGAGGCAUGGAUGUCCGACUGCACCUCUGACAUAUUGGCCCGCCCACAGCCUACCAUACAUUGUGCGCCCACUGACAUAUGGUGCAGUCUCGUGCCAACGCAGAGCAAACGCGACCAAUGAGAGGAGAGUAGCCACAAGGGGAUAUAAACGUGCAGCCGUUAUUUUGUCUCUCUUGUUAGGCUCCUGUGGGACUCUGAUAGCCCAGGCGAAUAAAAUGACUGUUUCAGUAGUCGUGUACCUUUCGUUCUUGAUAUCUACCUACUGCCAAUACUAACAAAAAGGCAAAUUAUAAGAUGCAACUGACAAGAAGACUCGAUCGCUAGAAUGUGAGUUUGUAGCCGUCUCAUGCAUCAUAUUCGCAUUAGAACCCAUCACCAGAGUCGGCAACAGAGAGGGGUAGUGCAAGUGCAAAGGUUUCGGUAGAAUGCAGAGCCUGCCAAUCAAAAUUAAAAGGUCCCGCAUUUACCAUGGAUGGUCGUUCUAGAUGUGAUUACUGCUUGGUCGGUCGCAUUGGAGUCGUUAAUUGCUGCAUUUUCAUCGCCAGUGUUGGUUCGUGAUGUAAAACUAGAUCGGCGGUUGGUCCACAGAAGCGAAGAGGUGAGUAACCUAGAAGAAGAUCAGAAGGAUGAGAUAUGAUAGAUGGAACAGGACGUUUGCUCGCUCGGCUUUUCGGAGUCUUACUUCAAUCCAUCAUCAGAGACGGUUGCAGAUGGAUGAUGAUGAUGAUGAUGAUGAUGAUGAUGAUGAUGAUGAUGAUGAUGAUGAUGAUGAUGAUGAUGAUGAUGAUGAUGAUGAUGAUGAUGAUGAUGAUGAUGAUGAUGAUGAUGAUGAUGGUAGACUCGAGUGUGAACCGAAGACGUCAGGCAAAAGAAAGCCUUGUUCCGGGUAUUGUAUUUCAGUCUUCUGAUCAGCAAUUUGUCUAACAAUGCUGUCAUUACAGGUAGCUGACUCGCGCGCUCUCCCUGCGCAUAUAAGGCCAUAGCGCUUGCUGCUGCAUUGUGCGUCUGAGCACCAUGGUUAAAGCGCGAGAAUUUCGGCCUAAUUGGGUUUAACUGUGCGUCCUGGUCGUGGAAAGUGACCCGCGAUCCGUGCCUUGACGCCAUACCUCCUCAUUGCUGAUGAUUGGCGGCUGGAGUAGUGUUUUAUUUUUUCCACGUCGUUUCGCCAGCAGUAGGUAUGGGGUGUUGCAAACUCGAUCUAUAAAUGCCAUGUCAUCUAUUGUCCACCUCACCCAUCUGUUUCUUUUUCUGACGAUGAGUUCGGUCGUGAAUCCGCAAAGUCAGGCGACUUACUCUUUUACUCUUAGCGACCAACUUUGCCUCUCCCCAAUAAUUAUCGUGUUACUUGCAGGAAAGUCUUAUGCGUAAGAACUGGCCUUUAAUAACUACUACCCGCGAUUUUUACCUCUUGCAAAAAUGCAUGAUUUUCCGACCUUUGGCGAUGGCAACAUGUUUGCGUUUGGGAGUCCACUCUCUCAGCUAGCUACGCAUAACCAUCCUUAUUAAAGCAAUUUUUUCAUCCUUAUUAAAACGGGGUCUGGUCGAAAGUUUAAAAUGUUAAGUUAAACGUCACGAACAGACGACGAUUUGGUGACUCUGUUUCUGUACCCGUCAUCCAUUAAGUUAGGUGCUUCCCCUUGGUGGCCAAGACUAUCUUAGGUUCAGUGACUUGACCUUUUUUCGUAUUUUUAUUACUCGAAGUGUCACCUGCUUUCAUGUUUGCUCCUCAGUAAAGGAACCUAAGAAGUCAUAAAGUGCAGAGAGUCCGUUUAGGUAUGCCCAUUUACUUCUGGAAGUAAACUUGCAAGUCAUGACAUUAGAAAGUCCACUUAAGUGGAAAUCAUUUUAUAAUGUUGCAGGAGAAAACUGGUUAAGUUAGAAGGCCAUUAGAAUAGAAAAUAUCAGCAUACGGAGGGUCAUGGCUCGGAAAUGUCAGACGCGAAGUUACCUAAUAAAAAUAGAGCUAGACACCACUCUGGGGGCAAAUCUACAAACCAUAAAAAGAUUAUCUAGCGUCGUAGAAUCUGCCCCGCAUUCAUUAUGCUUUGUCCGCAUUCAGCAUUAAAAACUCCUUCAUACUUUAUAAACAGGGUCUUCCAGAAUACCUGAAGGUUAUUGGGACUGGCAGGCCCGAAGAAUGCCGUCGACUGGUGUCGUCCCUCUUCGAUUUUACUACGUGCAAGUAUUCCUCCUGUUCUUUCAAUGAUGUCUAUCAGCCGCCGAUUAGUGGGAAGUUUUAUGUACGUUUAGUCAGACUCCUUAAAGUGUUAUUCUUUAUGCAUAACCGAAUGUUUUUUUGUCGGAAACAAGAAUCGCCAGAAGUAAUAAAUUGCAGCUUUUUGCCCAACACAUCUCUGCCGAUAUGACUUACAUGGUCGAAAAGUUGGUCCGUAUAUGUGCAUUAUACUGAUGUUUUCCAUUUGCAGCUGACUAAGCGUUCUUAGAUUUUAUUCGCUCUCUUGCUUCUAGUCUAACAAUAAAUGUUCUUAAUUUAAUAAAUUAUAUUAUCUAAACAAAUCAGCGCGGAUGUGACAGACACAGAAGGCUUAAUGCUAACAAAGGGCGGGCAAAGAGUUUCACUACCGGUCAAUUUGCUUUUUUCUGAAAUCUGUUUUAUUGUAAAAACUCAUCAGCCUCGAUGGGGUUCAGACGCUCAACAGCAAGGACAGGGCUUGAGUACAACUCCUUAACCACCUGGGCUGCAGGACCGCGAACGAGAGCUGUGAUUUGAAUCACAUUUGUGUCAAGUUACCCAUCCAGUCUACUGCAAUGUAUGGGAUUCACCAGUUCUGAUGCAGUAAGCUGACUGCCUGGACAAGCAUGGUGUUGCAUAUGCCACACAGACGAACGUAGAAGAAAUAGGGACAAAGACAAGGGAGACUAGAACAACAACUUCUGGUUUAUUUAUCUUCAUCAGUCAGUCAGUAAAGCAGAGAGAACGUGAAAUUUCCCGCCAGCUAAUCGACGACGUGUUACGUCUGCGUGAAAGGGUAAAAUAAAGUCGCAUUGGCCAAAUACCCUAGAGAAACUCAUUUAAGCAGACUAUAAUAUGUCUCCCGAAAUACCAAAUCAUGAAAGUUGAGACCAAUAAUAGAACUUGUGUCAGUUAACUCGAGGUCGGCCUCCGGAUGGGAGGAACCCCUGAAAUACACUGCGCAAUGUUCCCUUUGCAGUUAGGUUCCUGUCUCAUUCUUAAUUCAGCCAAUUACAACAGCGAACCUCGACUGACUAGGCACAGAGUCCCCAACUCGACACCUCAGCUGGUAGCAAGCUGCUGCCUUUCGUUUUCUAUUAAACAAGACUUGGACCAGUUAUUAUGACGUUUAAGAUACACUCAAUACCCGAGUCGCUACACAUCAUCCACCAGUAAAUGCUUUCUUGUCCUGUAUAUUCCGGCGAAAUCGCCUUCACCAACCGUGCCGAAAUUUCCAGCGAUGAUAAACAGACAGAACUUAAUAAACGGAACAUGUGAUCUUGUUUGGGCUACCUCAUACGCUGAACUUCCAGGAACUCGUCAGGCUUCGUAUAAACGCCGCUCUUGUUCUGAUUAUGGCUUGGCGGGACUGUAGGGCAAGCCAGGAACUGUUAUUUCAGCUUCUUUGGUCUGCGUCCGUAAUAUUUUUCGAUCAUUGAUCACUCGUCUCUAUGACGCCAUCUCCUGGAGCCCUAGACCUGAGCUCUGAUACAAAACACAGCAUCCAUUUUCCAUCCUGCAAUUAGGAUAGACUGACGCAACGUCAGUGUAACAUUCCAGUAGUGGUGAUUUUUUUGUUCAUGUUUUACCACCAAAUGCCUGUUAGUAAUCAGAAUCUCUAUUAGAACAAUUUUUCUGUAUAUCCUCUACCACCGGUCGAUACCUUUUUUUACCAUUCCUGGCGGUCGGCCACCUUGGUUUGCUGUCGCCCCAGAUCAAGACAUGUUGAGGGUAAGCGUGCAGGACUGCUACUCAACUCACCGCACGAAUUAUCCGAGUUAUACUUACUGUCUUCUGACAUGCCUUUGGCCUCGAAUGCGCUUAUUCCGAUGAAGAUACUGCCACCGUACCAAAAUUACCAGUGCCAUAUGACCUUAACAACUACUUAUCAUAGCCGAGAGGAUGCAACAGGUGGCUCGAUAGCCGACUGAGUCCGGUUUCGAGUCACCGACCUUUGUGACAUUUAGUUGGGAUAUCACCGACUGCUGAGAGCAAAAAAGCCAUCUGCCUUUUACACUUCCAAAUGUUAGCCUUCCUACCCUUUAUAUCAUUACCAAGUGUGAACUGAGGCAGAAACAUUACUACACUGCUACGAAUUUUGCUCCACAGGUUAACAUUAUCUUGUUGACCUACGCCUGACGCUCCGUCUAACCUUUUAUAGGCCUUUGCCGCAUUUCGAUAUCUGACAAUCUUCCUCGAGUUCCAGAACCCAGGAAUAAACCUAACGCGCAGCCAAACAAUCAAGGCUGUUGACGAUCUCUGCCGUACGGACUGGAAAAAGGUAAAAUUACCCAGAUACUACCUAAACUCGUCUUGGUGAUUAAUGCAAUCUCCUCCUCCUCCUCCUCCUCCUCCUCCUCCUCCUCCUCCUCCUCGCCCUUCUGUCAUUUAGAAGUCAGUUGUAAAAAUCACAUCUCUGCAUCUUUUCAUACUACCUCAUGAUUAACAGACAAACACAGCAAGAAUCGGACAUAUCAUGAAAGCUCGUCUCGACAAACUCAAAGAACUACAUGUCAUUAAACCCGACAGGCGUUCUGACUUCGUUCUAGUAAAUAGAAUAAAUGAGCAUCAAUAAUAGUGAAGAUGCAGUCCCCCGACGACAUGUCAAAAGAAGAAUGGGCGUUCGUUCAUCGGGAGUGGUUUUCUUAAGGUCUGGCGUUUCGAGCUGCGAGUUCGUCUUACUCAGCUUUAGAAAUGUGAUGUAUGCAAAACAGAAGGUUACUUGGAAAUAGGACGUGUACUGAGUACGAGAGACAGCACAAGUGAGGAGGCUUGUGGAAACGGUUGGCUAUAUGGCAGGGGGGAAUGUCAUAGGCUGAUGCGUGGCCAAUUAGCACAAAGAAGGUCUAAACAGGGGUACAUGACCUUGAUCGUUCUCUUGUCACGCGCAUGCGGCAUGACGUCCUGACAGCCCCGGCAGCAUACGCUGCAGGAAACUGGAGAGUAAUGCGCACAGCUUUUUCUGGGUAGGGCGUCAAUUUCGACUGUAGGUCCGCAUCGGACCCCCGCUUCGCUGUGACCCUUGUCGCCCUCGCCCUCACCGACCGCGACGAUAAUUGGCGGUCGUGGCUGUGGCACGCCACCACUGUCUCCUGUCAGGACAGAUCGUAAAACCAGAUGGGGGGAGAGGUAAAUUGGUGUGGUAGUUGGCCGAACAGUCGGUGGACAUCCAGGUUCCUUGUACCUGCCUUAAUUUGUGAUCAUCGUCUCGGCCCACAGUCCGGACAGCGUGAAAGGUAAAGAUGCGCCUCAUCUGCGCGGCGUAGGAUGCCAUCUCAAACAUUGGGUUCAACGUUAUCACGGUCAGCUGAUACGCAUACAUUGGCCUUCACAACUGACGGCCGGCUUCUCCAACCUCCUUUUUUUAAAAAUGAGCAUGUCUCAAAAAUCAGAUCAAUCUGGGCUGAUGACACUAAGCUCGGAAGAGAGAGAGGCAAGAUAAGAACAAAACCGAGGUCACAGAAGUCCGAUUCGGAAACUGAAAGGCCAAGGUUUCCUUAGUGAAAAACGUUCGAGGCACUUAACCCCACCGACAAAAGUCUCCCCGCGGCUGCGUGGUUUACCAGAGAUCCACAAACUAGACUUCCCUAUGAAGCCGAUAUUAAGCAUGAGCAACUCGACAAAAAUUACAGAGUGGCUGCCUCUAUCAUGCGUCGCUGUCAGGCUGCUGGUUUGGCUCGAGAGAGGGAGAGCCCGUAAGGCACAACGGAACGAGUGAGUUCCGUAAAAACGAUCGGUGAGCGCCCUUUUACCACUAAGAUCUACUAAGGCCGAUUCGACUCAAAAUAGCACCAGCAGCCUGUGAGACGCUUUUGAACUCAUCAACUCUGUAAGAAACACGAAUCACAAUGGGGAAACGGGGUUAUCCUUAGAUUGCCGUCUUUGUGCACCGGUAUUGCCAGGUCGUUAGACAGGAUUUUCCCGUUGAAGCCCUGAAGGAUCUUCUCUCCUGCUGCCCACUGAAUGCUCAACUUAGAUUCGAAGGUGUAGCGAUGGGACUGCUCCUUGGCAGAUGUCUUCAUGGGAAACCAGAAAAGAACAAGCUCUAGUCGAUUAUAGAGGACCUUUAUUCCUAUCCCCAAUACCUUGAUGCUAAUCUCACAAUAUCUGAGAAGUUUGAUUUAGUCACCUUUCUGGAUAAAGUGAUUCAAGAUCAGAAGAUGAAGAUGCGAUCAUUGGGACAAGAAAUUUAUUGGCCUGACGUUUCGGAUUCUCAAUCGAAUCCAUCAUCAGAGACAUUCACCAUCGUUGACCUUCACUGUGGAAAAGUGAAGGGAUAGUGUCUUCCACUUCUGGACGUCUCCCUUAGUAAAACACCUGAUGGAACAAUUUGCAGAAUGACAUUUCGCUAGAAAAAAUAAAUUGGACAAUACGCAUAUUUCUAUAAUUUGUCUCCCUAAGUCUGAAACGGGGACUAAUUAACUGACUAAUCAACCAAACUAGGAGACUAUGCACUCCAGCUAUGUCGGACCACAAACCCGCCUUCAUAUGGCACGCUCUGCAAAAAUAUUUUCUCCAUUUAAUUUGUUAGAAGAUACUGGGAAGAGAGUCCCCCAAAAGCGGACACGCUGAUGGUUAAAAAGGAAGAGCUAGCCCUACAUUGUCGCUUUGAGGGGACCCGGCAAAUGAAACCCCAAAACGUCACCGGAACUCCGAUGCUGCGCACACGUAGCCAAAGGCGGAGACAAGAUUAAUUUUCUUAAGCAUUCUCCUUUUUCGCAUCGAAAAUAAGGAUAAGUUGCACUUUCAGACUUCGUCAUUGCGCAUGUACACCUUCACUUGUUCUCAUGGGGCAGGUUAAAUUUUUCUAACAACUAGACGCCUAUCCGAGGGACGGCGAGUGCACCAUCCUGCUUGGUUAAGUCAGGGCACGGGUAAGUCCAUCUCUAGCGCGAUUGUGGCUCGUCUGAUUGGCAGCGCCACCGCGCAAACGUCAGCCAAGCAUUUCAAACCGUACCCAAAAUAGUGGUGAAACACUCAGAAUUCCUGAGCUGAGGGAUGCUUAUGACGGCAGAGGCAGUGGCUAUUCGGUUAUCCAAUCUAACCGUAUACUCGCAAAAGGCGUUUUCUCAAGUUCUCCAGCCACCCUUGUCCAAGCCGAGCCCAGCGUAUUCCUACUCGCAUCCAAUCACGUAGCGUAAAAAUGAGAAAACACAGACACAACCCAGCGACAUCCUCCGCCUGGCAGAACUACACCCCAAUUCUUCCUGUUGUAAUUGUCUGCACCAGACCCACAAUAUGACGCCCUGAACGCUGCCUGUCAAUCCCCCUCAGCUAUUUUUGAAAAGCGUUUAAAGCAUAAACUCAUGAAUUCCGUUUGGAGAUGGUUAAGCCUGUUGGCCAACCGAACUCUCCUUAACGCACUCGCGCAGCUAUGGAAAAUCUCUCUGACGUGCAGGGGACGUUAAGAAUAUGGCCAAAAUUGAAAUAACCGCUGCCGCUGUGCAGAGAGCCUAUUCGCGGUUUGAACGGUGCCAGUGUCUCACCCUCUUGGGGAGUGACUAUGUUCCACUCUGAUAGAUCAGCCAAUUGGGUUGAUUCCAAGAUGUCCAAACGUCGAAAUCUUCGAGUGAUGCCCAUAUUAAACUUCUCGGUCAAAGCACUUUACUUCACAUAGUGUGCUCCCAUCAACACGCGAUUUGGCUUUCCUUAUUCGAUCAUAUGUGAAGUACAAGAGGUCACCUCAAUGCUCUCCUUUCAGGUUGUCGCCACUUUCCCGGAGGAUAGCCUAAAGUACAUCGCAGACAACUGCUACGUGGGCGUGCUGAUGGACAACCUGCUUCACGGAUACGGCUUCAGAGAUGAUGAGAGUUGGAAAAGGAUCGAGUUUGUUGAGAAGGUAAGGAGAUCCACUGAUCACUACUCCUCUCCGCUUCUCAGGUUUUGGGCUCAUAAGGAGGGCAAAAGAUCGAGGUUUCUCGUGCCUGUACUAAAAAUUACAGAGGUAGCUGCGAUGACUUCGAGGUCAGUUGCAUGCAGCACACGGCGAGUGUAAUUAUUACCACGCCGACUGCAAUUUACGGUUAAGAUACCGAAAAUACUAAUGACAGUCAGGCAAGGAAGGAAACGAAUAUGCAUGCCUCCUGAACUAUCUUCCUAUAAAAUGCCUUUGAUGCAUGAAAACAAGCAUUCAGAACAAAAACUAUUUUUUCCCUUUUUAUACACAUAUCCAAGACCACGUUCCCUCUCCUAAAAGAUCUCCGUUGCCACAAUUACCGCACUACAGCUGACCUUGCGCUAUAGCCCGGGAGGUAUAUAAAUCCGUUCAUUAUCGUUAACGACACAAGUAACGAGCAUAUGAGUCCACGCCCAGACAACGUUGGACUGUUCCAAUAAGCUGGCUGCGCUUCGUAUGCCUGGUAGUGACUGAAAUUCCGAACAUGCUCUACCGGAGAUAAAUUUCUGCCUGGCGGACAGCUUGGACGCCAGUCCUCUUUCCGAUCAGAAUUCAGAACUCCUCCGGCCUUUACUUUCAACAGAUUGCUGAAGCUCCGGCCAGCUGGGCCCUCGGUUACGCGUUGGAUGCGACGGGACGGAUCCCCACCGGGAGUCCAGUCUCACACAUUGAUCCUAUGGCCAUGGCAGUUGGACUCACCUUCCUCCUCUGUCUCCUCUUCGUCCUUCUUCUCAUCCUCGUCGGCAUUAAGAAGCACCGACUGGUAUUGUAG